AUGGCUUCAUUUCUUGGAGUUCGAGUUCAAUCAUUACUUGUUUUCUUAACGUUUAUAUUUUUAUCCCUUUCUUCUCCGUCGAACUCACAGCGUACUACUUCAUUCAGACCCAAAACACUUGUACUUCCAAUUACUAAAGAUGCAUCCACUCUUCAAUAUGUAACCCAUAUCAACCAAAGAACACCUCUAAUACCUGUAAAAGUUGUCGUCAAUCUUGGCGGUCAAUACUUAUGGGUAGAUUGUGAACAAGGUUAUGCAUCAUCAACCUACCGACCUGCUCGUUGUGGUUCAGCACAAUGCUCGCAAGCGAUGAAAACGCUUGGUUGUGGAACAUGCUCCUCCACGCCUAGACCAGGAUGUAAUAACAACACUUGUAAUCUUUUCCCUGAUAAUCCCAUUACCCAAGGGGCUUCAAUUAAUGAAGUCGCUUCAGAUGUUGUGUCUGUUCAGUCGACAGACGGUUCAAACCUUAGUAGCCAGAAACGUGAAAGGGCUUCACGAAUCUCCUUCAAAUCCGCGAUUUUGCGUUCCCAAAAGAAAUUCGUAUCAGGAACGCGAUCUUAA